CACUCAAUCGCACAUAGAUUGAUUCCUUCUUUGUAUUUGUAUAUUUGGUUUUUGAGUUUUUUUUAGUUUAAGUUUUUGUUCGAAAUUUUCGAUGAUAGUUGGUUCUAUGCAGUUUUAACAUCUGAGUUUGAGAAUUUUGAAUCUGGAUGUGGUUUAAAAUUCAAUUGUCGUUAUAUUUUCUUUUGAAUUUUUAACCAAGUUUUGUUCAAGAAAUGCUUUUGAAUUAUUUAUUCAUUUUCUUUCGUUGCCAGGUUGAGGCAAUUUGAUGGGGUCUGGAAUGAAAUGCUUAGUUCUUUAAAUUUUGUACCCGAGUGGUAGAAAGGAUCUACAUAUUAGUGUUAUCUAUAUUUUAAUCUGCUAUCGUUAGCAUCCUCUGCUUUAGUGACUCUGAUUUAACUCGAGAAACCCGGGCUUAACGGUCGUCGGGAACUCCUCUAUAGCGCGUAUACAUAGAGAUAGACAUGAAUCUGAGGCACUUCUUUUCGAGACAGACAAUCAAUAAUAUAUCAAAACUCAAUGGUAGAGUGUUUUCUCCUCGCCGAGGUUAUCAUAGACGUUUUGUAACCAUUGCUUCCUGCAUGUCCCCUUCGAAUUGUUCAUCAGAAAGUCGUGGUGCAUUUUCUAUAGUCAGCGUCCCUAAUUCAAAUUCACAUUUUGGUAGAUUUGUUCACACUGCUCAACUAAAUGACUCAUCUACUGAUUCAGAAACUGAGUCAGAUGAUAAUGCAACCACAAAUGAGUUCUUAUCCAGAUUUGUUUGGAGAAUGAGGGGAAAGCUGUCUGAAGCAUAUGCGGACUGUGAUAAGAAGACCAUUGAUGGGAUGCUUUUGAUUAUUGUUGGAAAGGUUGUCUCGGAAAUGGAAAAAGGUAGUCUUGAGCAGAUGGUUGAGGCUGCUUCAUCCACACCUUCACAGGAUUUCAGUGAGGACCUAUGGAGAACAGUGUGGGAGGUUAGUCAUGUGGUUUUGGAAGAUAUGGAGAAAGAAAGGAAGAAGGAGAAAAUGAAGGCUUUUCUUCAGUCUGAAGAAGUUAAGGACAUGUGCAGGUUUGCUGGUGAAGUGGGUAUUCGAGGGGAUAUGUUGAGAGAGCUCAGAUUUAAAUGGGCACGGGAGAAGAUGGAGGAAAGUGAGUUUUAUCAGACUUUGGAACGGCUUCGAGAAGUGGAAUCACAAACUGAAGCCCAACAAGAGCCAUUAAAAACAGAAUUCAUGGGUAAAGAACGGGGUAUGAAGGAUGAUAAUAAUGUGUCUGAAGAGAAGCCUAAUGUCGUGGAGCUUCCCAAAAGACACGGGAAGAUUAAGUACAAGAUUUAUGGACUUGAUUUGUCUGAUCCAACAUGGGCUAAGGUCGCUGAUAAAAUUCAUGAGAGUGGAGAAGUUCUUUUUCCUCAGGAGCCAAAGCCAAUAUCCGGGAAGUGCACACUUGUUGAUGACAAAAUCCUGUCAUUACAAGAGGAUGACGAUCCUGCUCCUCUUUUGGCUGAAUGGAUGGAGCUUCUUCAGCCUAGCAGGAUUGACUGGAUUAAUCUUCUUGACAGAUUGAAUAAACAAAAUUCUCGUGUAUACUUUGAGAUUGCAGAAUUUCUACUCGGUGAAGAGUCCUUCCAGACCAACAUGCGUGACUAUUCAAAACUGAUUGAUGCUCAUGCUCGAGAAAAUUGCUUAGAAGACGCUGAAAGAAUUCUCAAGAAGAUGAAUGAAAAUGGUAUUCUACCCGAUAUUCUAACGUCAACCAUUAUGGUUAACAUGUACAGUAAAUCGGGAAAUCUUGAUCAAGCAAAAGAAGCAUUUGAAAGCUUGAGGAGUCAUGGAUUCCAGCCGGACAUGAAGGUGUAUAUUUCUAUGAUCAUGGCCUAUGUCAAUGCCGGGCAACCAAGGAUGGGUGAGUCAUUGAUGAGAGAAAUGGAAGCAAGGGACAUGAAACCCACAAAAGAGAUAUUUAUGGCCUUGCUUCGAUCCUUUGCCCAGCACGGUGAUGUCAACGGAGCCCAACGAAUUGCUACUACCAUGCAGUUUGCUGGUUUCCAACCAAGUUUGGAAUCCUGUACGUUACUAGUAGAGGCAUUUGGUCAAGCUGGUGACCCUGAUCAGGCUCGGCAUAAUUUUGAUUACAUGAUGAAACUUGGGCACAAACCGGACGACAGAUGCACUGCUAGCAUGAUUAUGGCUUAUGCAAACAAGAAUUUUUUGGAUAAAGGUUUAAAUCUUCUACUUGAACUUGAGAAGGAUGGUUUGGAGCCUGGGGUUGCUAUUUAUACAGUUCUGCUCGACUGGUUGGCCAAGAUGCUGUUAAUUGAUGAAGCUGAACAGAUAUUGGAUAAGAUUGCAGAGCAAGGGGAGCCUCCUCCCCUCAAGGUGCAUAUAAGCCUUUGUGACAUGUACUCGAGGGCUGGCUCCGAGAAGAAGGCUCUUCAAGCUUUAGGAGUUUUGGAGGCGAAGAAGGAGCAAUUGGGGCCUGAGGAAUUCGAGAGGGUUAUACAUUCCCUCCUAACUGGUGGCUUUCUACAAGAUGCUCGAAGGGUUCAAGGGUUGAUGGAAGCUCAGGGAUUCCAAGCAUCUGAACCACUAAAGGUUGCUUUGAUGGCAUCUCAGGUAUUUGGUCGUAAGAGACAAACGAGCAGAUAGUUUGGUUAUUGUUAGGUAUAUUUGUUCUCAACAUUCCAAUUAUAGUGGAUCUACGAUGCUUCUGCUGAUCAGAACCGUGCAAUUCAUUGCUAUCACUCUGAAGAUCAUUCCAAAGAGGUCAGUUGUGUUAGUUUAAAAGUAGGAAGUUGCUGAUUUGGUUUUGCUUUUAAACUAAAUAUAUUCAGAUUCAAUCCAUAAAACCGAGUCUGAUCUCGUCAUGGAUGAUGUUAUUCUGAGGUAAAUCAGGAAGUAACUGUAACAAAAAUAAAUUAAACUUUAUUUUAAUAAAUUUGAUGUCUGUUUUAUGAAUUUUUUAAUGA